GUGUGAGAGCAGCGCGCGCGCAGCAGCCAGUCCUUCCCGAUGACUCGGUGACCAUGACGCGCCGCGGCUCCUCCACGCAGGAAGGAUGUCCACACAGUUUGAGAGUUUUUCCAGCGAGCGGCGACAUUUAGAGAGAAAAUGAGUGUGUUUUAGUGCUUCCUGCGCUCAUCUUUGGAUACACACACACACACACCCAGAGAGGAAGAGGAGAAGCGUUUUUCAGAGAUGGAGGAGCAGCGGGAACUGAGCACGGACAGCAGCGAAGCGGAGAGCGUCUCUCCGGCCCCCAGCCUGCCCUCUCCGCCCAUCCUGCCGCUGCAGGUCGCCCAGCAGGCCCACAGAACCACCAACUUCUUCAUCGACAACAUUCUGCGGCCGGACUUCGGCUGCAGGAAGGAGCACGGUGGGGGUCAGCGGGAGAGGGCGCACAGCUCCGGGCGCGAGCGCGUUCACCCGGCGAUCAGCAGGCCGAGCCUUCCUGGGACGCCGUGCCAGGACUCCAACUGCAGCAGUGACAGUUCCUCCUCCUCCUCCUCUUCCACAGCAUCUUUAGCAAGUCCCAAAAAGAGCAACGGAGGCGGCGGGACAGCCGCGGCCGCCGCGGGCUCCACCGAGAGCGGCGGCGGCGUGAAGGCGGAGGAGAGGACAGGAGGGACCGGGGAGAAUACUCCCUCCUCCCUGGUGGCGCCGACACCGGAGAGCCAGCCGCUUCUGUGGCCGGCCUGGGUGUACUGUACCCGGUACUCAGACAGGCCCUCAUCUGCAGGUCCAAGGACCCGGAAACUGAAAAAGUCCAAAAGCGGGAAGGAGGACAAGCGGCCGCGCACGGCCUUCACGGCGGAGCAGCUGCAGAGACUGAAGACGGAGUUCCAGGUGAACCGGUACAUCACGGAGCAGCGGCGGCAGUCUCUGGCCCAGGAGCUGAACCUGAACGAGUCCCAGAUCAAGAUCUGGUUCCAGAACAAACGGGCCAAGAUCAAAAAGGCCAGCGGCUUCAAGAACGGACUGGCCCUGCAGCUGAUGGCGCAGGGACUGUACAACCAUUCUACCACCACCAUCCAGGAGGACAAGGAGGACAGCGACUGACCAGCCGGACCCGCCGAACCGGGCCAGGACCUCUAACACUCUGUACAUUGUAAAUAUAAAACAGCUAUUUAACGAGGGAACGGGAGGACUGCGCGCGUGUCGGCGGAUCUGCUCCCGCGUCAUGUUCAGAGGACAGAACCGGUCCGGUCUGGCCCGGUCGUUCCUCAGCUCGCCUGCGGCCCAAAACCAAAGAUUCUCAGAAACUCAACGUUUCCGGAACUGAACAGACAAAAGAAACGUGGCGGAGACCGAACCGGACACGCGCGCGUCGCCGUAGCCCGUGUUCGGGUCCAGGUUCUGGACCAUGAAAAAGAAAUCAGCCAAAGACCGAGACAGCACCGCUCACUCCGGUUUCAGGACGUUUUCUGGACCAGCCGGGUUCUAAGAACUGGAAUAAUCCCCUCUCACUCUCACGCACACGCACACGCACACACACACACACACUUCCGGUCAGUCACUUUAUUUAUUUCAUUUAAAUUGAAAUAAAUUAAUUUGAGAGAAUAAUUGAAAGUUUUGAGAGUAAAUAUGAAAGAUAAUGAGUUCCAGUCUGAUCAGGAAUCUGAUCCGUCACACUGAAGAACUGAGGCCGGAUUUCAGUUUAGUUUUUUUUUAAUUUUCAUUAAAAUACCAAAACCAAUAUUUAAAAUGAUCAGAUUUGUAAUAAAUAAAUUUCAUUCCUUAAGUUCAGAGCCAGAUUUUAUUCCCAUCAUGGAAUUAAGGAAUAGUUAAGGAAACGUUGUUCGUUUCGGAUCAGCAGGAUAAUACAGUUCUUCCAGAAAUAUCACAAACACCAACCAAAUUAGAAACGAAAGGGUGUGUUUUUAUAUUGGCGGGUGAAGCGUCAUCAUCACCAUCUGAGGAAGAGCAGGAAAAUGUUCUGUACA